AUGCGAGAAAGUCUUGGUGCCAUUCCCCAGUCGAGGCACCUCUCUUGGCUUAACGCUUGGGUUCCCUUCCUGCGCCACUUUCUCGUCAUGGUUGGCUUCAAGAAACUGCUUUCGUCCAUCUUUGUCGCCUUGGCCUACGCCUCCUCUGCUUCGGCGGCGCCUUGGCCUACGACGUCGAAGCACUCGACCCACCGUACGCGUAACUUGGCGCGGGGUCUUGUCCUUGAGACUUACCACCCUGAGAGCACUUAUGAGACCUUCGAUACGGGAAUCGAUCAUCCCCUCUCAAAGCGCGCCGACUUUGACUUGAAAGAUUCUGCGAUCGCAUUCGUUGGAUCGCGUCUGUCGUUGGACUCUAGUGCCAUCAAAUAUAAGUCUGGCUUUGCCGGACAGGCCUCUUCCAAUGCAUUCCUCAAGCAGGUGCACGACGGUGUUCCUUUCGCUAACGCGGUGGCCAACAUUGCUUUCAACAACAAUAACAAAGUCGUCGCUUUCGGAUCGUCGUUUGUGAAGCCCAAGAGCAUCGCCCCGAAAGCCCCUACGCUCUCGGUUGAAAAGGCGAUCGCGGCAGCCGAGCAAACUCUCAAUGGGAAAUACAAUGACCACCCUGCCACCCUUGAAUAUGUCGUCAAGGCUGAUAAUACUGCCGUCCUUACUCACGUCGUUCAGAUCGAGAACGAUGAGACUGGGGCCUGGGUCGAAGCCUUCAUCGACGCCCACUCGGGUGAACUCGUCUCUGUCACUGACUUUGUUACCAAGGCUUCCUAUCGUGUGCUCCCUAUCACGAAGCAGGUAUUGACCCAAGGGUUCGAGACUCUGACCGACCCCCAGGAUACCACCGCUUCUCCUCAAGGAUGGCACUCAACCGGAACUACUUCAACGACGACCACUUCUGGCAACAACGUCAUUGCGUUCAAGAGCUCUCAGACCACUGGGCUGACGUCGCAGUCGUCUUCCGGCCUCAACUUCGUGUUCACUCAGAACCCAAGUGCUGCUCCGACUACUCAAGCCAAUCUUGAUGCUGCUCGCACUAACGCCUUCUACCUCGUCAACACUAUCCACGACCUCACCUACCGUUAUGGUUUUACAGAGAGCGUCUUCAACUUCCAACAGAACAACUUUGGACUCGGUGGCGCCCAGAAUGAUCGUGUCACUGUUUCUGUCCAGGAUUCUGCUGGAACUGACAACGCCGAUUUUGCCACUCCUGCCGAUGGACAGUCUGGCCGCAUGAGAAUGUUCCUCUGGGACAUCACCAACCCUCAACGCGACGGAUCGCUCGAAAAUGACAUCGUUGUUCACGAGAAUACCCAUGGCGUCACCAACAGGAUGACCGGUGGAGGCACCGGUCGUUGCUUGCAAACCACCGAAGCCGGAGGAAUGGGAGAGGGUUGGUCCGAUGCCAUGGCUGACUGGACAGAGAAGACCUCGAGUGCUGUUCCUGACUACGUCCUUGGUCAAUAUGUCAUCAACGAUGCUGCGGGUAUUCGCUCGCACCCGUACUCGACUUCUGCAACCGUCAACCCUUUGAGAUACUCAAGCUUAAGGACCUUGAAUGAAGUUCACGAUAUCGGUGAAGUUUGGGCCAAUAUCCUCCACAACGUCUACGCUGCCCUUGUCAACGCCCACGGCUGGUCUGCCACCGCUCGCACGAACCCCAAUGGCACCGAGGGCAACGUCGUCUUCCUUCACCUCUUCCUUGACGCCCUCACGCUUCAACCAUGUAACCCAACUUUCCUCACCGCUCGUGAUGCCUGGAUUCAAGCUGACGCUAAUCGCUAUGCUGGCGCUAAUAACUGCAUUCUCUGGAAUGCAUUCGCCAGCCGCGGUUUGGGUACCAACGCAGCGAACCGCAACGAUGGCACCUCUGUUCCUGCUGGGUGCUGA